GUUCCAUCAAGAGAGUCCGACUUUCAGUAAAGUAAAUUUACAACUAGGGUUCCCAAGUUCUACAGCUAUUCUUCUCAAUGGAUGAAUAUGUUUCUCUAUGGAUCAUCGAAUUUCUUCUUCGACAACCGCUCCACGAUAGGAUUAUCGACAAGCUUUUACGCGUUCUCCCUCUCUCCAUCCACGAUUCGAGCUUAGAGAAGGCCAUACUUGUUCGACAAAUCGUCUCGGAGAUAUCCAAAGGUAAGGCUUCAGAGGAAAUGCUCCCUCUUAUGGAACGCAUCGAGGAGAUGGAUUACCAGGCCGGUGUUACAACUUCUGAGGCCAUGAAGGCGGCUUAUUGUAAUGUGGCGGUGGAUUGCACAGUUAGGCUACUCGAGGAGGAGAGUCAAGACAGAGAAGUGAAAUACUACAAUACGGUGAAGAGAAUCUGGAGGGAAAGGGUUCUGACGAUGGAAAUGACGGGUAAUGUCGGGCUGGUUUCUGACGCGCUACUAAGUUGGAAAGAUGAUAUUGAGGCUUCUGUAUGGAAUACUAUUGUCGAUGAAGAUCUGUUGAAGAAAUGGAGAGGCUGUGAAACUCUGAAAUCUGUUAGAGUUUAUGUUGAAGAAGCAUGGGCGGCUAUGGGGCCUUCAUUUCUUGAACAAGUGGUCCAGACAGGUAAUGAGCAAAUUAAUCAAUUGUUGAAUCAUAGUACCUGUCCAGUUAACGAUCAAUAUCAAGAUCUCAAUCCGAUUGAAGUUCAAAGUAAUGCAGAAAUGGAGAAACGCGGUAGAGAUGCAAAAAUUAGUGAUUCAGAUAUCCAGGAUGGAAGAGCUGUUUCUGAAAAUGGUUUUAUCGUUACACCUGAAGUUAAGAAAAUGCAGAAAGCUCUAAGAGACAGUUGUAGGGACCUACAAGCUGUGGUAGUUGAUCCUCUACCUGAGGCAAUACAGCUUGCUGACAAAAUAAUCUCUAGCCUGCCAGUGAACAAUCUGAAUCCGAGUUGCCCCAUGGAUGUAGAGAAUCUAUCCACUGUUAAGAGUGACGAGGCUAUUGGUGUGAAUGAGACUCAGAAUAACAUUAGCAGGAAGCCCUGCUUAAUGGAGAGGAAUAGCACUGCUCGUGUCCAUGAGUGGGAUGAAUCCCUGGAUGAUGCAGUUGAUGGAUCUAGUGACGAAAAUCGUCUUCACUUGCCCACAUCAAGUAAAAGACGUGUUUCUCCCUUAAUACUUGAGAUGGAAAAUUUGGGAAAGAGAAAAAAGAGGAGAUGGAGUAUUGUUGAAGAAGAUACUUUAAGGGCCGGUGUUGAAAAGUACGGUAAAGGCAACUGGAAGUUCAUCUUGAAUGUGUAUAGAGAUAUUUUGGUUGAGAGAACUGAGGUUGAUUUGAAGGAUAAAUGGAGAAACAUGACAAGAUAAUGAAUGAAUGCAUUCUUCAUUAUGAGAGAUUUUUGUCGCAUUCUUGUAUGUUACCAGAAGCACUUAAGUAAGUUUUGUGUGGUGGGAAGUCGUUUUGUGAAACAAAGUUGUUCUGAGACAUUAAUUCUCAUGUGGUUUAUGUCACUUAAGUAAACUCUUUGUGGUGGGAAGUUGUUUGGUGAAACAAAGUUGUUUUGAGACAAGUAAACUUUGUUUUUUUUAAUACAGGUAUAUAUUUAUGUGAAAAACAAGGCUGGUUUAUUUAGGUGUUUGUUCAAAUUUUCUGUGCCAAAAUAACUGUCAGGGUUAAAAAAUAUAAAUCGAAACGGUUUGACUGAAAUCGGUAAGUAGUGACACUCAAACUGUCAAAUUGAUCACACAACUGGGAAUCAACAAAUCACAGGGAAGUUUGAUUUUUCAGAAUUCAG